AUGGCUUCACUCUUGGAUCAGUGCAAGGUCAUUUUGAACGAAUUUUUACAAAAUCCCGAUUCAAAGCCUUUUUUACAGCCAGUGCUUUGGAAGGAGUGGGGACUGGAUGACUACCCAAAGAUUAUUCGUCAGCCCAUGGAUCUCGGGACGGUGAACAUGCACUUGACAAACGGAGACUAUAAAGACGUUUACGAAUUUGCGUACGACAUGCGUCUCAUCUGGAGAAACUGCUGCACAUACAACCAAGAAAUAUCGGAUGUUUACAAGGUGGGCAAAAAGCUUUCCGAACUCUUUGAAGAGCGUUUUUCAAAGAUUGAGGAACAAAUUCCUGAAGCGGAGCGAGAGCCGAGUAUCGAACAAAAGCGAUUGUUUGUCGAUUCUUUGUUCAAACUGCCUCCCAACGAGCUAGCCAAAGUCCUGCAAAUCAUAAACGAGCGCUGCGAAUCGGCCCUCGACAAAACCAAUCCCGAUCUGGUGGACAUCAUCGUGGACGCCAUCGACAUCGCGACCUUCUCCGUAGUGAAUUCCUAUGUCCAAAGCUGCCUCAAUCCCAAAGAGAUGGAGGUAGAGAAGAAUUAAUGAUUAA